ACAUAAAUGUGACCAACAGCACAAGCAUCUCAAUUUGAAUCCACAAAGUUUUGGAUAAUGAAAAGGAAUACAUAAUUUUAAUUCAACCCAAGUGUUUUCCAAGCAGAUUAUAUUUGCUUAAAUUGCUACAGUAAUUCAAGGACAGCCUUGUCUGGACACACAGUUACUGUGGAUUUUUAAGAGACUCAGUUAAAGAAUUUAGGAAUUUCUGAUUCAAUUUACAGGAUUUGCAAAUUCAUCAACCCCUGAAAACUAAAGCAAACUCAACAGGACAAAAAAAGAACAUGGGCUUUUUAAGUCCAGCAUGUGUCCUCUUCCUCUUUUUUGGAGUCAAAGUAUAUUGCCAAUAUGAAAAUUAUCAAUGGGAUGAAGAUUAUGAUCAAGACCCAGAUGAUGUCUACCAACCAGAAUUCCAAUUUCAUCCAAAUGAGGACUUUCAAAUUCCUUUUCAUCAGCAUGUGUUAGGCUGUGCCACUGAAUGCUUCUGUCCACCCAAUUUUCCAUCAUCAAUGUACUGUGAAAAUCGCAAACUCAAGACUAUCCCACGUGUCCCAGCACACAUACAGCAGGUCUACCUUCAAUUCAAUGAAAUUGAGGCUGUGACUGCAGAUUCAUUCAUCAAUGCAACUCAUCUUAAAGAAAUCAACCUCAGCCACAACAAAAUUACAUCUCAAAAGAUUGAUCACGGUGUGUUUGCUAAGUUGUCAAAUCUACUACAACUUCACCUACAGCAUAACAAUCUAGAAGAAUUUCCAUUUCCUCUCCCUAAGUCUUUGGAAAGACUUCUUCUUGGCUACAAUGAGAUCUCCAGGUUGCAGACAAAUGCCAUGGAUGGGCUAGUAAACUUGACAAUGCUUGAUCUCUGUUAUAAUCAUCUUGAGGAUUCCAUGUUACAAGAAAAAAUACUUGCCAAAAUGGAAAAAUUAAUGCAGCUCAACCUAUGUAAUAACAGAUUAGAAUCAAUGCCUCCUGGUCUGCCUUCUUCGCUUAUGUACCUGUCUUUAGAAAAUAAUUCAAUUUCUUCUAUACCAGAAAAUUACUUCAAUGAACUUCCCAAACUUCAGGCUCUACGAAUGUCACACAACAAACUACAAGACAUCCCAUAUAAUAUUUUUAAUCUUUCCAACCUUAUAGAGCUCAAUGUUGGACACAACAAACUGAAGCAAGCAUUCUAUAUUCCAAGAAAUUUACAACACCUAUACAUAGAAAAUAAUGAAAUUGAAAAUAUCAAUGUUACAGUGAUAUGUCCAUCUGUUGACCCACUGCAUUACCACCACUUAACGUACAUUCGUAUGGACCAAAAUAAGCUAAAAGAGCCAAUAAGCUCAUACGUUUCCCUCUGCUUCCCUCAUAUACACACUAUUUAUUAUGGUGAGCAAAGAAGCACUAAUGGUCAAACAAUACAACUGAAGACCCAAGUUUUCAGGAGAUUUCAGGAUGAUGCUGAUAGUGAAGAACAUGAUGAUCACCAAGAAGGUCCAGAACAAGAAGCAACAGAAGAAAACACUGACCCUCACUAUUAUGGAAGUCAAGAAUGGCAAGAAACAAUAUAGGUAUACGUUUACGAUUUUAUACAAUAUUAUUAUUCAAUAUUAAUUUAAUUAAACAUGGAAGGCUCACAGUAAUGUAUCCAGAAUCACGUAUAAGAUCAGACUGAAUUUAAUUUAACAUUUGCAUCAUUACAUAGGAUUCAAACUUACUUAAAAUGACAUAAGUCUUUAGAAAUACAAAUUAGAAUCAUAAGUGGGAAUAAAAAACUAAACUUUAAACAUAAAGUAUUAUCAAGCUGAGGAAAAAAGCAAGUAUGCCAUCGCUAGUGAUAUUAACUGUUCUAAGAGUGAUGAAAGCAGCAGCACUAGAAGUCAAGAACUAGAGGAGGUCAGAGCUGAGAUGCCCAGGCUUAUGUUCCUGUAACGCACAGCCAUUCACUUAGGAGUCAAUUAUUUUUCUUUGACCUGAUCUCCAGAAAAGCUUUCACACUUGUAUGUGAAAUCUUAUCACCAUGACAUCCACCUCCCAUCCACCAUCCCCACCUACCACUGAGAGCAACAGAGGAUGCUUCUGAUUUUCAGAAGAGGUCAUUCUACUAAGGUUCCAAGACUUGUCGGUUCAUGAAAUCAAUAGGUCUUUGUAUUUCUCUCAGAGCACCAAAACAACAAAAUUCUAAAACCUGCAUUUGGGUAACUAAAAAACACCAAAUUGUCUCAUCACAAUCCAUAUUUUAGCAGAUUUCAGCAAUUGUCCAAAACAAUCUGUCUUCCAUUUUAACUGAGAUAAAUUUUUUUUUUUUUAAAGAUUUUAUUUAUUCAUUUGAGAGAGAGA